GCUGGAAGUCGUCGGGAUGCUGACAGUCCAGUGCAAGAGCUCGCAGAGAGAGGUGGCGUGCAUGAGGGUAGUAGGACAGAGAGGGGGUUUAUGAUAAGGAGAAGGAGAAGCCUUAAUUGGUGGAGUGUGGCAUGGCUAGGAGGCCUCUUUCUCAAUGCUGAUUGAAAGGGAUGCAUGCAUGCUCACAUGCUCUCUAGAUCGUCUCUGACAUUGGACUUUAAAAGGAACCAAGUGCGCUCUCGGAUUGUUGUCAUAUUUUCAAAGCGUAGGAUAUCCAGUGCUAUUUCAUAAAGGAAUUUUAUUUUGAUACUUGAAGCGUUUAAGUGGUGCUCUUGGUCUGUCUAUCUUGUGAUGGAUCUUCAGUGACAUACAUGUGCAAGUGAUAUAUCUUGGAUUUAAUAACAAGGAAAUGUAUUCAUGUGCAGCUGUUCGGCUAGUCUUCUAAUUUCAAGGUUUGCAAGUAAAAGGGACACUUCAUGACACGGAAGUAAACCAAGCUAGCUUCUCAAGUCCCAGGGUUCCCCCUCCACACCUCACCCUGCCUGACCUCAUGCCUCCUACCAGGAUGAACACGGAGGUCAGCACCAUCUACCAGCCCCAGCUACAGGAAGAGCUUGCCUCGGCCACGGCCAUCAACACCCCCAUCCCCGUUAUCGAUCCCACCGCUGCCACCAGUCAUGGCUCGCACAGGAGACGAUCGCCACCCAACCCACAGAGCAGGGGGUUCCAGAUCCGCCAUGGGGCCUUCAAGCUCAACCAACUCCGGCUUCCGCCGUCGGCGUCGCGCUUCGUCAUCAUGCAGGUCAUCUUGAGCUGUAUAUGUGCCGUGCUUGGGAUCCUCGCGGUGGCCUUCCACUGCUGGAUGGCCUACAUGUGUAUUCCUGUUAUCGUAGGAGCAUUGGAACUCUUUGUUGGAAUUAUGGGAUAUACAGCAAUAAAGAGACCACACAAGAGACUCUUGAUCAAGACGUACUUUGCUGGUUGCCUCUUCGGUUCCCUAGCUGGUUUGGCCCUGGUUAUCUUCAGUAUCAUCGGAGCCACAUCAGAACAGCAAUACGAGUGCAUACUGCUGCCCAACGUUAUCGCUCGCUGCAAUGUUGUCAGGGGUGCCCGAUUUACGAUAGAACUGACGACUGUCGUCAUCGGUACUGGGGUUAUUGUGGUCACCCAGGUCAUGUUUAUGUUCAUGUGCUAUGGGUGCUGUGCCAGGAGUCAGAACGAGGACCAAAGGGGCAGGUCUAGGGCAACAAACGCCAACCAAUCAGAGGAAGUCCCUGCUAAUCUGGAGCUACCGUCCUACGAGGAGCAUCUCAAUUACCCUGCCUCACCUUUUCACGAGGGGGCUUUCUUCAUCAACUCGGUCUCAGGGGGAUUUGAACCCCCGUCCUACACAAACAUUGGUCUUAUCAGUGAUGAGAUGCCUGGUGGUGGUAUCACCCCCCUCGCUGCAGCUCUAGGACCCGGUGGUCUGCCCUUAGAGCCCCCACCGCCUUACACCCUGUUUGCUCCUAGUCUCCAAUCAACACCGGUGGUUGGGAGAAGCUUCACAGGAAGCUCUGCAAAUACUACCCCAUCAGCGGGACCCGGGGCUGCAUCUCCAGUGCAGAACACCGGAGUCACCGGUAGCGGUGUCUCGGGAAAUCGAAGUCCAGUGCCAAACCAGGAAUCUGAACUUGGAGAGGUGACAGGAGACGGCGGGAGCCGCGAAAGUAGACGGGGGGAUCGGCGUAGUAUUGCUCCAGGGGUGUACCAACACCAGACAGGACUUAGGGACCGAACGAUCCACCAGUCGCUGAGGCUUAGCUCGGACCAGAGCGCGGAGUGGAGCUCUCGUUCCGCGCAUCAGCGACAGAUUGUUGAGCAACGAUCGAGGCAGUCAGAAUCAACGACAAACACGGAGGACGAUCCAAACAGUUUGCCUCCGGAGCUGUACCGCGAUCAGAUCAGGAGAAGCGGGCAUAGGUAUAGCCUUUCUGAUCCCACUCUCUUGAGCAGGAACGCUCGGAAUCGCCAGAGGCCAAGACCUCCUCCUCCAGAUACGGAAGCUCAGUACCAAAGGCAGGACAGCUCUACAGACUUUGCAAUAAAUGUAGAUGAUGGUUAUAGAGACGAGACGGAAGAAGUUGUUACGUAUCAGAGAGAGACCGAGGUUUAUAGAAAUCCUUCGCCAACCGAUCAUACACAAGAUUCCCCGAGCAGGAGACGAAUGCUCCCACCGCCGUAUGAAGGCAGGCAUAAUGUUGUUAGAACUCAUUCGAGCACAGCAGCCAGAACAAGUGAUGUUGUAUACCCUGCAAGGAAUGUUGAGAGUUCUCGCGAAGGAACUUCGAGAGUGGAGGAGACUCCCAUUAGGAGUGAACCAAUUCAUUUACAAAGUAGGGUUGAUGUUCAGGCAGAUAUUCACGAAGCAAGAACUUUGCCUAGUAACUGGAGACCUGAGUUGGCUGAGGAUUCAAUCUACGAAUCCAUCCCUUCUCUACAGUCUUCACCGUCGCGAGAAGAGCGGAACAGUUCGCCUGAGAGACGGAGGCAGUUUGAAAGCGAUGCAUCAAGGCAUAGUACUAACGCAGCUGAGGGCAGGAAUCAUGUGGAUGAUUAUAGUGACACAGUGUAUAGCUUGGAUUUGAAUGAACAAGAACGGAGAGGACAUUCGAGAGAGGUGCAGGAGAGGGCUGGUAGGGGUAGGGCUGGAAGCAGGAGUUGGGACGAGAGUGCGAGCCAAGAACAAGGGCUCCCAGAUGUUGUAGGGUAUGGGGAUACUUCCAGAGAACAGUCAACGCAGGAAGGUGGUGAGGGUGUCGAACUGGAGAGGGCAGGUAGAACUCAUGAGGGUAGACAGCCCCCACCGUAUGGGGUCAGGAGGGUACCUGCAUACGCCCCUCCUCCGUAUAAGACGAGGAAUAGAUCUCUUCCGAACUAUGCAAGGAGACCGAACCUGACAUCGCCUCCACUGCCUUACCAGGGUAACCAACGGUCACCUCAGAGGAAUAUCAAUAGAGAGGAGCCUGACAGGACUGGGUCUGGCCAGAGGAACCCUGAGGUUGGUGAACCUUCGGAUAGGCCAAUCCCAGGUUGCGCGGUCAGGGAGACAACAGAGCUUUCAGAUAGACUAAGACAUGAGGAAGCUCCCUCUGAAAUUCGUGAGCAGAAUAAUCAAAGGGACGACAGAGGCUCAAGAGGGACAGGGGGUUUAGGGGAAAAUGAGGGUUACGACAGGAGAGUAAACACAUUCCGUGAUCAUCCUCAGCCAAUAGUAUCUCAUUCCUUACCUAGACUAUCAUUAUCAUCAUCACUUGCUAUUUCUCCUCCAUCUUCGACUUCAUCCAGGAGACACCCCUCCCCGGUGUCUCCAAGCUAUCCAUCAUCUUCACUAUCAUCUCCCAGACAGUACCCGACGUCACCGUCAUCAUCAUCAGCAUCGUCUGUGACGUUGACGUCUUCAAGGCCCUCCUCGGUCCCAUCAUCCAUCUCCUCUCCUUCUAGAUCUUCCAACGCUGUCUCUCCUAGGAGAGCUAGGGCAGACCUUCUGGCUCGCAUCGCCGGACCGGCUUCACGCUCGCCCCCUCCCAACGCGCCCCCAUCAUCUUCCGCACCCUCACCUUACUCUAGGAGCUUUCAGGCAGAUCGAGAAGCGAAUCGAGAUGCCCCGCAAAAGAACCAAUACCCCAAACGUCCUCGACCCAUUGCGCCCAUCCGGUCCUCCCAAUCAUCCCUCGUUUCAUCACAACCUCAGUAUCUCGCAAACUCAUCUCAGAUCCCUCGACCCCCUUCCCACAACCAAGUCACCCCCUCUCCUCACUUUUCUACCGUCCCCCUCCAUCCUCUAUCGUUACCCGGAGCCACAACAACUCAGCCACGUUCCUUCCAGCAAUCCUCAAGCAAUUCUUCCAAGCCUGAGAUGGUGUCGAGGAGUAGAACCGAUGGGAAACCUGCUGCGGAGAUCCAUCCCUUCAGGACUGUCCGAAGCACUCCCGUGAAGGCUCAGAGGGCCUACGUAGCCACCAAGGCACUUGCCAAUGCCCUCCAGAAAGGCCAAUUGAACGACCUCUUAGAGGAAUAUGAAGAGACCAUUAUAUGACUGAAAUCUACCCCAUCUUAUAGAAAUAUUUGAAGGUGUGGUCAACCUAUUUUUGUUUUUGAACUCUUUGUACUUGAAUGGGUGAAAAAAGACUGAGCAAUUUUAUACCUAUACUUUCUUAAUUUUUAUAAAAGCCUUGUAAUUGUGGCAUCAAUCGAUGAUGUUUUGUGUAACAAUUGUUGCGGAUCAUGUUAUAAUUAAAGUUUAUAUGUUGGUCGAACAUUGUUAAAAGAUUAAAUCUGAUCAUUUAUUCCCAUCAAUUUGGAUGGAGUACUAUUGGUAUUUCAUUGCUACAUUAUUUUCUUUUAACAAGUGGUCCUGAGUCUACUAAAAAAAAAUCUAUGGGCAAAAAGUCUGUUGAAAUGAUAUCUUGAACCUUCCAUUGUGUUGCCAAUUUAAAGAUUUAAUCUUCAGUGGCAUGUACAUUUCCAUGUAGCAGCGAAACUAAAAUGGGCAUGGGUCAUGCGGAUCAUUUUCGAUAGUUUUCUCUUCAUCAAUUUUAUGAUACUAGAUCGAGAAGUUCAUGAGGAAAAGAUUUUUUUUUUUCUGUCCUUGAUGAACAUGAGCAAAAAGAGGGCUCUAACAUUUAUUUUGUUUAAUUUCAAAACUCAAAUGAAAAUGGUGCUUAUUGAGGAUAUUAUAGAAUAUUAGAAAUUUAUAUUUUUCUUUUUUUUUGCUCAAGUCAAGAUCAGCUGACUUUAAAAUAUUUUGUUUCUUCCAGAAAGAUAAUUAUGUAAUCAUCGUUAUCGUGAUUAUAAUGAUUUUUAAAAUAAAUUACAUAUUGAUCAUACAAUAAAAAAUAAUCAGUAUUAUAUAGCUACUGUUUAUGAAUGACCAUAUGAUAUUUUAGUUCAGGAACUCAUUGUGUUGUGUUCAGAUUGCUCAGUUCUAUAUGAUAUUAAAAGAUAUUCCAAAUUUAAAUCAUGAUUAUAUUAAUUUGAAAGAAAGCAUACAGAUCAUAUCAUGAUGAUGACAUGAGCGGAUAUUGAACUGUUAUGGAUGUGAUGGGUUUAAAAUUGUGUAAUAGUAUUGUCCAACAACUCAUACAUGUAAUAUUCCAAAGUGUUGUGUUCCAAAAGAUAUCAUAUAAUCUUCCAAAUCGCAAAUCAUGAUUAUGAUAAUUUUUCAAACAGAAUAUAAAUCACAGAAUUAGUAUUAAAAAUAUUUGAAAUUAUCUCAAAUGCAAGUCAACUCGAUUCAACUCAAUUCGUCAAGUUUCUAAUGUUCUGUUUUGUUUUAAAAUAGUGUUCUGAAUUUACUGAUGGCAACUGAAGACAAAAAUGUUAAGAGUUUAUAGAGUUUAUUCGCCUUUUACUUGCCUAUAAUUUUAUUAAAUCCAUCUCAUUUGGGAGAUGUUUGUUCACAUUAUAAGUGCAUUUUGAAAUUCAGUAUAUUUUCAUUACUCAAAAGCAAGAGUAAUUCAUUAUAAUUUAUACUUAUUUCAUUAUAACUAUUUCAUUACAGUUUUUGUAAGCUUUAUUAUAUUUCGACCGAUACUCUUUAGAAACUAUUUCAAACACAAUGCAGUAACUCCUAAUGAUUUUGGUUAAUGUUACUUCUUUUUUUGCUAUAAGCGUUUGUGAUAUUAAUCACAAAUGAAAACCCCACGUUACUAAUUCAUAAACUUUUAGUAAUGUCGAUUUUCAUCCUAAAUUUUCACUUGAAGACAACGUGAUGGAAGUAUUCUGCCCAGGUGGAGAAAAGUGGGGAUAGCAAUGGAAAAUUGAAUUGUCUUUCUUAUUACUUUAAAUCUAUUCUUAUGUGAAAUUGGUGUUGGUAUUGGUAAUACUCAUGUUUAAAACUCGAGCUGCAUGAAAUCAUGCACUAUUUAUGAAUUCUUGGUAAUUUCAUGUUUAUGUAUGAAUAUUCUUUAAGAAUUUACUGUUAUAUUAUAUCUAAUCACAAAGGUAUUCUGCAUUCUUUGCGAGUAUGUUAUUUUUCAUUAUGUCACUGAAAUUUCGCACAGCACUCGACAAACAAAUAAAUAAUUAAAAACCAAGGUAAAUGAAUAAGUAAAAAGGAAUCAAUUAAUUGAUAAUAAAUAAAUAAAUUUCUCAGGGUAACGCGACUACCCUUUCUGUCAUCUGUAGAGGUGUUGUGGUCGAGUGGAUACGUCACCGGACUGUGGAUCACAAGGUCCGCGGUUCAAGUCCCGCUGCAGCACUAAUGUUCUUUGGCAAGACAUUGAUCUACAUUUGGCACACUUGACCCAGGUGAGGUAAAUGGGUUACUGGUAGGAUUAUUCCUUGAAAUGCACUGUACGCUGAUAACGGCUGUCGGAGCUAAAGCUAGGGUAAUAAUUUCCAUAGCUCUUUGGAAGCGCAUAGCGAUGUUAUUUUAUAAUGUAUUAUGUGCUAUACAAGAACUGAAUAUUAUUAUUAUCUCUUUGUAUCAUUGUGUUGGCAAAAAAUUCUGAACUCAUUUGAAAUAUAUCCCUUACGUGCACAUAUAUGCCAAAUUAACAUUAUUAUAAUAGAAAUCAGUACAACAUUAUAAUAUCUAUGUAUUGCUUUCUGUAUGGUAUAUAGAUUACUUACAUCUUUGUUAUUCACAUAAUGUUCUUGUUAUGGUGUUGAUGCAAAAGGGCCAUUCUUAUUCCGUUUUUCGCUUGUCUGUUAUCAUAUUUAACUGAACAUACAUUGUUUUUGUAUUGAUGAACAAAAUUAUUGACAAUGAGAACAAGACAUUUUUAUAUAAUAGAUCAAAGACAAAUUUCAUUAAUGAUUUGUAUAAAUGCAAA